CAUCAUUUCUAAAUUCAGUCGCCAACAGUUGGCUUCCUCCUAUCAUGAUGGCUCCGAUGAAGCUCUUCGCUCUUCUCGUCGCGACCUCCGCGCUGCUCGUCGCCCUGCUAGCGCCCUCCGCUUAUGCGGAAUCCAGUGCCGCCGUCAGCACCCAGAAUUCAGGCGAGGCUGCUCGCAAGCUCGCAAUAAGACGAUUCCUCGGCGACGACCAUCACGACGACGACCAUCAUGACGACCAUCACGACGACGAUCAUCACGAGAAGCCUAAGAAGAAGCUGACGUGCAUUGAGAAGUACAAGAUUAAGUACGCCUCGUGCGACUCGGAGGACGAGGCGAAGGAGGCGGCGUGCGAGCGCAAGGCGUACCGGUCGUUCAAGAACUGCAAGUACGGCAAGUGGGGGUGCAAGGACUGGUGCCUCUUCCGCCGCCGCCACUGCAUCAAGUACGGCCGCCCCGUGGCGGAGUGCGAGGAGAAGUACGAGGAGUGCGUGGAGAUGUGCCAGCCCAAGAAGAAGGAGGAACACCACGACGACGAUCAUGACGACGACAACCAUCACGACGAUCAUCACGACCACCACGACGACUAAAGCUUCCGCGCGAUGUCUAAAUUGGAUGGGCUGGCGGGUGCUUGCUGUUUUUUUCCGGUCGUUUUCAUCAGUUGUGAAAUCUGUGCAACGGAGGUCGUAUCCUCGCGAGAAGUCAGCACGUGAAGCAUCGCGUGAUGCAGCGCGUGAGACGCGGUAGGGAGCAAAACUUCUUGUUAUGCUGUCUAUCGUGUCCUCCCUUCCUUGUCUUCGAUGCUGUUUUUGUGCCGAGGAGUCUGUUUGGAUCGUCAGGGCUGCUGCGCUGGGCUGGGUGAUGGUGGGGUGUUGGGGUAGAUGCUUGGAUAGUAUGUGUGAGGGGGUAAUAAUUCUGCUGUCUUGUACUGUCUCAAGUGGCAAUACAUGCGGAUUUUGGGAGAACGCGUGACAAGGCCUUACUU